AGUUACUAGACAGUCCUACUAUACCACGAGUUUGAUAAUAAUACAAGAUGGUGUGCAUGUAGAGGUGAUGUAGAUGUGACUUCCUUAUAUAUUGUAUAUUGCACAUGGGGUACAUUGGUCUGACCAUCCGUCCAAAGGAGAUCAAAUAUCUUAAAUUGAGAAAGGAAAUAUUAUCAUUCGGAUGUUUUAUUCUUAUAUCAUUCUAAAACUUCAACAAAUUAAUAACAAGUGUUCGAUAUUAUAGAGUUAUUAUUAGUGGAAAACAUGUAUACAGUGUCAAAAGGACCAAGUAAAAUUGUUGCGAAAACACGACGAGGAAUCAGUCAAAAUCUUGAUCGUUUAGAUACUCUUCGAGAAUUAACUAGAAAACCUGAUCCCGCUGAAAAAGAUUACAAUGAUGAAAUCAACCGCCAUGCUCCUAAACCUGUUUUCAAUGUGAAUGGUAAAUCUAAACUUUGUUCACAAAGACAUAGGAUACAAGAAGUUAUCACACCUCAACAUGAAGAGCUUAUAAAAUUUGUCUACGAAUCUUGGAGCCAAGUCGACAGUUGUGUAAGAAACGAAGUAUCAGAAAAAUCACAUGAUUCAAAAACAGGUUUAAUUACCACUUUGUAUUACAACGAUGGUGAACCAAAUGAUACUCUUCAAGACUUCAAACCAUUUGAUCUGGAAUCGUGGUGGGGAAAAAGAUUGUUCAACAACAUUACGAAAUCACUUUAAAAAUAUUCAUAAAGAAUAGUGUAACGAAGAAAGAACGCAAAGAAGAAAGAACGAGCAAAAGGAAAAAAACACAUUUUUACAUUUAUUUUGGCUUUUAAAAAAAGUGUCCGGUGAGAAUCGAUUAUAGAGCUUGUAAUUAUCGCGAUGAAAUGAACAUUGCCCGUUGUUUAUAAAGUAAUAUAUAUAUACGUAUAUAUAUAUAUACAUAUAUAUAUAUAUAUAUCUAUGUAUAAUAUAUAUGUAUACAUAUAUACAUACAUAUAUUACUCCAUAUUAUUAAGCACAAAGUGUUUCGUUAACUGGUAUCAUUCAAUACAAAUUUUGCUUUCACUAAAGAUAAUUCAUCGACAAAACUGCUAAUAUUAGCAGAAUUAUUACGAUGAAAUUAAUGCAACGAUUUGUUAUUCAAAAAUAGAAUAAAUGAAAAUAAAAUUAGUGUACAUAUGAAAUAGGAAAAAAUUAUGUGAGAAAUUAUAUGAUGUAUCAGUUAUCAAUAAUUCACUCUCGCAUACCAAUAGAAAUAGAAAGACAAUUUAUUUAGUAUAUGAUUGUAGACUGAUAUUUUUAAGAUUGUUAUAUGUUCAUUUAAAAAUCCUCCGUACUAUAAUAAAGUUUCAUUUAUUGAUGGAGGAUAAUCCUCAUCGCGAUCGUAGUCCAAUUUAGUGCAAUAGUGCUAACCAAUUGUUUGGUCAAAAUCUGACCCAUAAAAUCAAUUGUUAAUGAGUAUAAAUAUAUCUUUGUAUACACUAAA